AUGGCUUCUCAGACGUCUAACUCCACCAUCGCGAUGGCCUUUGCCGGCAAGACUGGCUCCGUCGACAUCCCCCAGGCUCGGUCGGGCCUCGCGUCGGGGCGUCCCCUGACGCGUCGUCUUGGCCAGCCUGCGAUGCUGCCCACGCCACCGAACUCCAUCUCCCCUACCCUCCCUCCGCAGGCUUUCAAGCAUCGCGCGACCUUUUCGCCUGGAUCGCCGCUGUCAACAGUGCCCCAGCUCGACUCCGACAUCGACCUCCAGGACGCUCUCGAGCAUGCGAACAGCCAGGACCAACCCCAGCAGGCUGCGCACGAACUCGACAGCGCUGGCGCAAUCACGCCCGCCAUGCUGGCGAAAUACCACCUGCCGGAGAUCCUGCUGCACCAGGGCCCGAUGGCUAUUCGUCACGUCAUGGGCUACCUGACCACCUCGGUGCCGGGCUUCUCAAGCAUUCCCGCUGCCAAGGCCCGCCGACUGGUUGUUUCCGCGCUGGAAGGCCGUGGCCAGGGAGGCCAAGCCGGCGGAGUGGAUGGCGAUGUCAUCUUCGAGAAGGCCGGUUGGGGUUGCUGGGACGCGCACCACCGAGGAGAGCCCGCGCGCGAUCAGGCAACCUCGCCUCCGUCCAGUAUUCCCGGCUCAUUCCAGCAGCGUGGCCUGCAAAUCCAGGGUCGCUCUACGGCUUGGCUCAACAAAGGCCGGGCCCCCUACGGCACGAGCAUAGGCGCUGACUCCACGGCGUUCUCGUACUCGGAGGACUAUGGCGCCCACGGGGAUCUCGACAUGCUCGAACAUGAGGCCGACAAGAUGUCACUCGAUGGCGACGAGCGCGAGUACUGCUCCUCCUCGGAAGCUCCCGACGAGAUGCAAGACGACGACUGGGGCGAAGGCGACGUCACCGACGAAGAGGACUGGGCGCAGAUUGGCGCGGAUGCCCUGCGCGCUCGCUCGAUGAACGGUGGUGGCGGUUUCUUGCCUAGCCACGUCACUGCGCGAGCUAAGCCGCAGCCUCCUGGUCUCUUCGCCAACGACGCCCCGCACAAGUCCGCCCCUACCAACAUCGACACCCAGGAACGCGCUGCGGUGGAGGCGCUUCUACGACUAGGCUCCAUGUAG